AAAAACAAAAAUUAUCAGUAAUGUAGGCAACCAGCUAUACUUCCGCGUAGACAACACGACAUCCACUAAUCUCCCGUCCACGAGACCUUAGCCACAAAAAGCCGAUAAAACAGAGCUCAUUCGACAAACGUCAACGUCAAAUGUGAUUGUUUUUUGAGGUUAUCCCCUUUACGUUUGUUUAUUUAAUAUGCAACAACACAUAGCACACGAUUUACAAGAAAAAGAACGAACUAAAGACGUAACUUUGAAGGAAAAUGUCACUUUCGCCUCGUUACUACUCAAGUCUGAAAUCCAGAAUGGCCUCACUGAGAGCGGAUUCAAGAAACCCUCUCCAAUCCAAUUUAAAGCGAUACCACUGGGACGAUGCGGCUUCGAUUUGAUCGUCAAAUCCAAGUCAGGAACCGGAAAAACUCUAGUAUUCUCAACUAUAACUUUAGAGACCGUAAACGUGGCCAAAAUCACUCCGCAAGUGUUAAUUCUAGUGCCUACGCGAGAAAUCGCGGUACAAAUUGAAGACGUUUUAAAAAACAUUGGACGUUUCAUUGAAGGUCUCUCAAUUGGGUGUUUUAUUGGCGGCAUGCCCCUGGAAGACGACAUUAAAAAAUGCAGCCAGUGUCACGUCGCCGUGGGGGCCCCAGGCCGCGUCAAGCACCUCAUCACCCUAGGCGCUCUUUCCACAAAGUCAAUCCGUUUGUUUGUUCUUGAUGAAGCCGACAAACUCAUGGAAACCACGUUCCAGAACGACAUUAACGAAAUCUACGACGUGCUCCCCCCUCGCAAACAAUUAAUCGCGACUAGUGCCACCUACCCCCAGGAGCUUGACACGUUCCUAGCCAAUUACAUGCUUUCCCCAACGCACGUGACGUCCGAAAACGAAACCCCGCUCCUCCUAGGUCUCAAACAAUUCGUCGCUGUGUUAAACUCCAACACGAUUAACGCGGUCCAGCAAAUGAAAGCCAAAAACGAAAUUCUUGUAGAAAUAUUCACGAACGUCUCCUUCACUCAAUGUCUAGUUUUCACCAACUACCAGUCACGAACUGAGAGUGUUUCUAACUAUUUGAACCAAAAGGGGUGGAAUUCGUCGUUUAUUUCGGCGGCGGUGGAGCAAAGCGGGCGCUUGGAGGCUAUCAAUAACUUGAAAAACUUCAAAAGCAGGAUAUUGCUUUCGACUGACUUGACUGCAAGGGGGAUAGAUGCCGCUAAUGUUGAUUUAGUUAUCAAUUAUGACCUUCCGGUGGAUGCUGUGACGUACUUGCACCGGAUGGGGAGAGCGGGGAGGUACGGGUCCACUGGGAUUUGCAUAAACUUUGCUUUGGAGGGGCUAGAAAUUAAGAAAAUGCAGACGAUUUUGGGGAGUAUUGGUGCGACGAAUUUGUCGAUUUCGAAAUUGCCGCCUUUGAAGGGUGGGGGUGAUUUGUGGCAACUGGAUGUGAGUGGGUUGGAGCAGAUUUGGGGGGUGGUGCCCGAGAGCGCCAAUGAGGUGAGCGAGACAAUCAAGAAGGAGGUGCUACUGAUGAAACAGAGUGCCAGAAGUAACAAAAACAACAAAAAUAGUAAAAAUAGCAAAAAUUGUAAUAAGAAGAAGAUUAAAUUUGAGGACGCCAAAGGGACGACGAACGACAAAGAGAGUCCAACUACGAACAACAAAAAGAAUAAGAAGAUAAAAUUAGAAGACUUGACUAAAGAAAGUGUGGAGGACUUUUUGAAAUGUAACAAAGAAGACACUCCAACUCGUGGUAAAAACAACAAGAAGAAGAUAAAACUAGAAGAGUUGAGUAGUGAAGGUGUUGAAAAUAUGCUACUAGGUAAAGAAAAGGAAGAAGAAAAAGACUCGACGACGUGUUUUGACACUGAUAAUUUACUCAGUUCGUUAAUAGGAGACGAAAGCGAUGAUUCCAAGAAACGUAAAAGGGAAAUUAAAAUAGAAGAGAAAGAAAAUGAGACUCUAAUUUCAUCAGAUGACACGAAUUGUGAUGAUAUACUCUCUUCAUUAAUAAAUGGAGAAACUCCAGAAGACGAUAGUAAAAAACGGAAACUAAAUGAACCCACAAUAGGAAUAAAAGACGACAAAAACGAAACCUUGAGCAAAAAUAAAGCCCUCCUUAGUAUCACGAGGCUUUUGAUAGAUUUCCACACCCACAUAGACACAGAUUUGGCAGACACCUUAGAUGGAUAUCUUACAAUUCUCAAAGACAAAAAUACAGACGAUCAGAUUAGCACAGCGGAAGACAUUCUACUUCUGAAUUCUAGUACCGACACUGUGGUAACUAAAACUGAAGACGUAGAAAUAGAAAUAGAAGCACCCACAGACGAACUCGACAUUGAAGAUAUUUUCAAAGCUGGCUACCAGUGCGCGUUGACUACGAGCGACAAAACCUGGUUGAACUCCCUUCCCUCGCAAGACAUUCAAACCUUCCAAGAGUUUUGUCGUCAAGAACAAGUAACCAUUUCUUCAGAGAGCGAAAACGAAGAACUAGAUUACGAAAUGGAAGCUUAUGAUGAAGAGGACGACGAAAAUCCCACGAACGACGUGGCCUUACAGUGGGUCCCGGUGGAGUCCUCCAGCGCCGACCACUUCACCAAGUGCUACGACGACUGCAGCACCGUCCUCUGGCAAACCGGGCUCACCUUCGAAACCGUUGCCGAGUUCGACAAUUGGUACUACCACUGGCAGGAGCAAGUCCAGUCCGUGCGCAACUACGUCCAGCAGAACAUCUACGUGGAGGAAAUGAGCAAAUAUCAGCAGCAGCGUCUAACUGACAAAUAACGCAUCAUGUAUUUGUAAUAAAGACAAUUAAAUCUGU